AUGACUCGGCCUUUGCAACCGCAGGGGGCCCCCACCCGGACUCAUGCACCACUUUCCGAGCUCCCCGCUUCGCCUCGGAACCGAAUAGCCCAGCCCAGGAAUCGAGAGGCGGAAGAUACGGCGAGUCGCCCAGAGCCUGAGGCGCCAUCUGCGGACUCGACGAACGCCCUGCGAGCCCAGUUGCGCCUUGUUAGUCAACGACUCGACGAAGUACACCAGGAGAUUCGCAGGUCAAAGGGAGAGCUCGGGGCGGAUAAACACCAAGGGUCCCCGUUCGCGCCCAAAAUACAAGAUCAAGCGAUCAGAUUGCACUUCCGGCUCCCUUCGCUGGACACCUACGACGGCGCCACUGACCCAGCAGACCACGUGGCCGCUUUUCGCGCUCAGAUGGCGCUAUAUGGGACUUCUGACGCCUUGAUGUGCAGGGCGUUUCCGACGAUGUUGAGGGGGCUAGCCCGCGCGUGGUACAACAGCCUGAAGACCGGGACCAUCACUUCCUUCGAUCAGCUCGCCAGAGACUUUGAGCUCAACUUCCUAGCCUACGCUCGACCAAAGCCGUCCGUGGCAUUGCUCCUCGGACUCAACCAAAGGGAGGACGAGCCCCUCUCCCAUUUCGUGAAUCGUUUUACGACGCAAAUCCGAGGGCUCUCGGACGCUCACCCCUCUCUGUUGAUGCAGGCAUUCAUGAUAGGCCUGCGGCCUUCCAGGUUCUUUUGGUCUCUUGUGGAGCGACCCCCCACGACGGUACCCGAGAUGUUCCAGCGAGCAAGUCGGUUCAUCGCCGCAGAGACAUGGAUAGCCGGGAGGCGCGAAGAGCACAAGAGAGUCAAGCCGGAGCCGCCCUGGCAGCAGCAAUCCGUUGCAUCACGGCAUAGGUUGGACAGAUCUGACCCGCCGGCACCGAGGCCCCCUCUCCCCGCCUUGAGCUUGUCCCAAACAGAAAUAUUUCUCCACAUAAGGGAGAAGGGACUGCUCAAAGAUCCAUAUCCGAUGAGGAGUUCACGAGAGCUUGCAGACCGAUCAAAGUACUGUCGCUUUCACCGGCAGCACGGGCAUGACACUGAAAAGUGUCGGGAGUUGAAAAGGCAGAUCGAGGAGCUUAUUCGCAGAGGGCAUCUCGGCCAGUACCUUCGGUCGGACAAGGAACUUUCACCGCGCCCGGAGGGUCCCAUCGAGCGACACAUCGACGUGAUAGCUGGCGGCCCCGCAUCUGGCGGGGAUUCCAUGACCGGAAGAAAGGCAUACGCCCGAGCCGCCCCGGCCGAAGCUCCCAGGCACGAGCCCGAGCCUGAGGUCGCUUUCCCGACCAGAGCAUCCGAACAAUCCGAGCACGACGAUGCGCUCGUGAUAUCGGCCAGGAUUGCCAAUGCGCAAGUAAGAAGGAUCAUGGUCGAUAUCGGGAGCUCGGCCGACAUACUCUACUUCGAUGCCUUCCAAAAGCUCGGCUUGUCCAGAGACAACAUGAAGCCGAUGUGCUCGGCGCUCACCAGAUUCACCGGUGACUCGAUCUCACCGCUAGAGGCAAUCACUUUGCCCUUGACCCUGGGAGCUCUGCCGAGGUCGAAGACACACACCUUCUUAGUGGUUGACCUCUCUGCUGCAUACAACGCUAUUCUCGGCCGACCGACCCUCAACAAAAUUAGAGCCGUUGUCUCAACUUACUACCAAACUAUGAAGUUCCCGACCCACGCCGGGACCGGAGAGAUCACGGGAAGCCCCCGAGAAUCCAGGUGCUGCUACCUGACCGUCGUCUCGUUACACAAGAGAGCAAGGGUCGAACCACCCUUAGCGGAUCCUCGGGAGGCGAAGAAGCCAACCCCCCAUCCUGAGCCGAGGGGGUCCACCAUCGACUUGCCGCUGCUAGAGGGUCGGCCAGACCAGACGGUCAAAAUCGGGUCGGAGCUACCCGAGCAAGAACGAAAGCAGCUCGUCGGCUUCCUACAGGAAAACACCGACAUCUUCGCCUGGUCGCCAUCUGACAUGACGAGCGUCGACCCGGAAGUCGCACAACAUCACCUCAAUAUUUCACCCGACGCUUGCCCGGUAAAGCAAAAACCCAGACGGUAG